AUGUCUGAACAAUAAAAAUCAAAGUCAUCUAAGCUUUGGGCUGAUAUGGCUGAUAGCGAUAGUAGCGAUGAUGAAAAUAACUCCAAUGAAGUUCAUUAAAAAGAAGUUAGAAGCAAUCCUCAAAAAGAUGUAAAGGAAGAAGAUGCUAAGUAACAAGUUACCUAAUAGCAAGUUAAUUAGCAAGAGGAUGAGGAAGAAGCUAAACAAGAAAAUAAUUAAAACAACAAAGAACGUUAAAAUAAUGGAGAAUUCAAAAUGAACAAAAAAAGAGAAGCCUAAAUUGGAAACUAACAACAAUAUGAUAGAUAGAAAAACUAUAAACAAGAUGGAGGCAGAAGAGACAGAAAUUAGAAAGUAGAUAACUAAAAAGAUAAGUUUAUUGAGCAACAUGAAGACAGUUUAAAAAAAAUAAAAGAAGCUAUGGAGCAAAAAAAUCACAAAAGUGAGCUCUUAUGGAUUAAUUGCUUCCGUUUGGGUGUCACUGAUUAAAUAAAUUAUGAAGACAUAAGAUAGUCAUUUAAAGGAAUUGAUAUUUUAAAUAUUGAUGGCUAUUAAGAUAAAACUAACGAAUACCAUAUUAAUGUUUAAAUUAAAACAUCUGAUUUUGAUAAGAUUUUACCUACUGAACCUUUGGCUUUCAACAAAUACUAUUUCAGAAUUAGAUAUGCUAACAAAAAUGAAUAUGAGUAAGAGAAGAAAAACAACUUUAAUAACAGAGAAAAAAGAGACUCUGACCAUAGAAAAAGGGAUGAUAAACACGACUAAGACCACAAAAAAAAUAACUAUAAGGAUAAUAGAGAAAAUAGAGGUGAAAGAGGUGAUAGAGAAAAUAGAGGUGAUAGAGAAGGAAGAGGAUAUGAAAAAAAUGAAAAACCCUUUACAAUGACUAGAAAUGCUAAUAAUAAGGGAGCUGAAAAUUAAAACUAGCCCCCUUAACUUGAAAAAAAAUAUUCUGAAAAAAGGCAAUAAGUUGAAUUCGUAAAGAAGCAAAGCUAUGAAAAGGAUCAAAGCUCUACAUAAAACAAAGAUGAAACUUAAAAAGGAACAGGACAAAAACAUUACUAUGAAAAAGAUAGUCUUGAAUCUGAUAAAUUACAGGAAACUGAAUAAUAACCUAAAUAGGAAUAACAAUAAUAAUAGUAGCAAUAGUAGUAAUAGUAACAACAUUAGCAAUAAGGUGGUUAAAGAAAUGGACAAAAAAAUUAUGAAAAGAAAGAAUAUUCAAAUAUGGAAAGAAAGGAAAGGCCUAAUAGAGAUAACUAUGAAAAAAGAGAUAACCAAAACAGAGAUAACAAUGAAAAGAGAGAUAACCAAAACAGAGAUAACAAUAACAAGCCAAGAGAAUAUAAAAAAAGAGAAUACUUUAAUAAUAAAUAAGAAAAUUAAGAAAAUGGAAACCAUAAUAAUAAUAAUAACAACAACAACAACAACAACAACAAUAAUCACUAAAAUGGUAAUAAGGAAUAUAACUAAAAAAGAGUGAACUAAGAUGAGAAUAAAAGAAAUCAAGAAUAUUAAGAAAAGAAUUCUGAUGAGAGAAAAAACAAAGAUGGAGGAUAGAAUAAAAGAAGUAAUCAAAACAAUAACAAAAACAAUAAAACUGUUAAUAAAGAUAGCAACAAUUAUUAAGAAAAGAAAUAAGUUUUUGAGGAAAAGAAAGUAGAUGAAGAUGGUUUUACAGUAAUUCCAGGUAACAGAUCUUAGUCCAACUCUUUAUCAACCAAUUCAAAUCAGAAGUCUUCAACCCCAGGUGUGAAAUCAACAAACAUAUUUGAUAACAAAUGA